AUGGACACCUCGCCUUCGUCCAGCGCUGGAGGGAGACUCAAGCGGAAACAGUCUGGCAACAAAUCCAAGACUCUACCCUGCCCGCACUGUCAACGACUCUUCGCUCGACUGGAACACCUUCAGAGACACAUCCGAACCCACACGAAGGAAAAGCCUUUCGUCUGCGAGAUCUGUACAAAGUCGUUCGCGCGAAGCGAUCUUCUGGUGCGCCAUGAAAGACUCGUCCACCCGGGCGAAGAAGAGCAGCAUACCACGCGAAAGUCUCACAAGCACCACCUCAUAAACGCCAACAAUGCCGCCAAAGCUGCAGCUCACGCCGUUCAGCAGGCCCAACAGGCGCAGGCCGUCACUUCCGAUCCGAUGGAUAUUGCUCCCCAGCAAGGCCAGUCUCUACUCUCACCACAUGCUCCUCCAGAGGGCAGAGGGAUGAUGGACAUGCUAGAUCCACAGCUGAUGCAGCCAGCAAAUGGCAUGCACUCGGUCGAUGGCAUUACUACACACCAACAGAUGGGUGCGCCGCCUCUUGAUCCAUCCUGGGGUUAUGAUCUGAACCUGCUGUCCCAUGCCGCUAGUCACGUAGCCUCGAGCGGGCAGGAUCAUUUCAUGUCAGGCAUCCAGACGGCCGCACAAGAACCUCUGCACGAACCAUUGCAGCAAAUCAUGCCGCCAGUCUCCGAAGGACAGUAUCAGCCACGUAUGCUGACAGAAGGUUACGGCCACCCAACCUCGAUGUUCGAACCUCCAGAUCUAGGCGACCCUAUGCAGGACUUUACCGUCUUCCUCGAUAGUGUGGGCCUGUCGUCGGAAUGGUAUGCCAGCAUGUUCGGUGAUCAGGUUGAUAACUACCAUUCUCCCGAAAUGCCACGCGAUCAUCUCAACAUCUCCAGACCUAACUUGAAUGGUGAGCCUCCCAUCGACAGCAAACUUGGCCUGCCCCAAGAUGAAUUGAGCACUUUCUCCCGUUUUGGUUCGAGGUUGCCAUCCCUUCAGCCAGAGUCUAAGGAACCUGACUCAAGUCGACCAGAGCCGCGAAGUGCCAUCGAAGAAGCCGAGGCGACCAAGACCAAGGCGACUUGGGACAUUUCCGAUUCUGAUCGGUCGGCAUUUGUGGCAAAACUUGCUGGCUUUGACAGUGUCAUGCCCAAAGGCUUCAUUCCACCCUCCAGACAUUCUCUCUCUCGCUACCUUGCCGGUUAUGUGAACGGCUUCCAUGAACACUUACCAUUCAUCCAUGUCCCGACACUACAAGUUGCCGCUAGUGCCCCGGAACUGAUUCUAGCUCUGGCGGCUGUAGGCGCACAGUAUCGCUUCGAAAACAGCCGAGGAAUAGAGCUCUUCUACGCCGCAAAGGCUGUGGUUUUAGAACAAGUGAGGCGACGGGACGAUUCAGCUAGCUCUCAUCUGUGGAAUAGACCACGGACCGGGUCCAUGGUCCAGUCUCCCGGAGGAGGUUUUACGGGACAAGGACAAAGCCAUUCUAGUAGUCCGUUCCAUAACGUGACACCUGGCUCUCCUUUCAUCACCGAUGGCAAAGAGCAGAUGGAGUCUAUACAGGCGCUACUAUUGUUAACCGCGUUCGCGACUUGGGAAAGACACACCGAGCUUCUCAGAGAAGCUCUGGCCUUCCAGAGCACUUUGGCUCGUUUGGUACGUGAAUCCGGGCUUGCAAGUCCUGAGAUCGUACAAUCUCCUGAAGAUCUCACGUGGGAAGAAUGGAUCAAGAUUGAAGGCGACAAGAGGACGAAGCUGAUCGUCUAUUGCUUUUUCAACCUGCACUCAAUAACCUGGAAUGUGCCGCCACUCAUUCUCAACUCUGAGAUCAAGCUCAACCUUCCCGACCCUGCAAACGAAUGGAAAGCCGCCUCGGCCGAACAAUGGAAGAGAUUACGAACAGAAAACAAUGCGCUCGAAGUGCCAUUCCAAGCAGCUCUCACUCGACUCUUCAUUAAUCAAUCUCCAGGUCCUAUUACGCCCAUUUCUCCGCUUGGAAAUUACGUCCUCAUCCACGCCCUCAUCCAGCAAAUUUUCUUUGCUCGGCAACUGUCACUCGCUUGGCCUGGCGUGGCGGGUUCGAGUUUGCGCGUGGAAGACAUUGCUGUCCUUGAUCGGGGUUUGCGAGCGUGGAAGGCAGGCUGGAAACGGACACCCGAGUCGAGUCUGGAUCCGCAAAACCCCAAUGGUCCUGUUGCAUUUACCUCUACGGCGCUCCUUGGUUUGGCAUACAUCCGACUUCAUGUGGACAUGGGUCCUCUGCGCCACCUGGAAACCAGAGACGCCACGCAAAUCGCAACGGCUCUCCUCAACACGCCUGACAUCCGUCGCGAUCCUCGCCUGACACCAGCCCUUUUGCAUUCCGCUCACGCCCUCUCGAUACCCGUGCGUCUAGGAAUCGACUUUGUCGCUCGCACGCAGACAUUCUUCUGGUCAAUACAACAUUCUCUGUGCAGCCUCGAAUGUGCAUUUCUCUUGAGCAAGUGGCUGGCCGUGCUGUCUCGGUUGAAAUCCGAAGGCGGUGCCCCUGUCACCGAGCACGAACGGAAGCUGCUCUUGUGGGUACGCAGCCUCCUCGACGAGACGGAGAUGACUGUUCAGCUGGACGGCAACGCCAACGAUCAUACAGUGCUGAAUGAAAGUCGGGCCCUGCUCGACGACACGCACAAGAUGUGCACGCUGAGCGUUGCCGUCGUGCGGGUGUGGAGCAAGACGUUCAAGGGAAAUACGAGCUGGGCGAUUGUGGACAUGAUAGGAUCCGCGCUCGAGUUGUAUGCGGAUAUGCUGGAGCAGCAGAUGUUUGGGCAAAUUUGA